AUGGCGACGGUCCACGCGCGCUUGGGCUGCCUUCCGCCACCGCCUCCUCCUCGACUCCCCCGCCGCCGCGCCACCUUCUCCGCCGGUCCCCGCCGGUCCGCCGCGGCUCGCAGUCGCGUUACGAGUUUGCGCAGGGCGUCCCGUUUGGGUCCAUGGACUGCGCAGGCGCUGUCUGGGGCAGAACCUUCUGCUGGUGUCGACGAUGCAAGUGAGAUCAUCGAUGCGGUGGAAGUCGAACCUAGCAGCAAUGCUGGCGCUUCCUUGCUUGCAAAAGUGGCAGUUGCACUGGGUGUUGCGGCUACGGUCACCGCGAUAUCCAUCUUCAUGAAGCAACCUUCAUCUGGUCCUUCUUUCAGCCUGCCACAGAUUAUUGAUGCUUCUGCGCAGUCAGAUACUGUCGGAUAUACAUUUUCUCAGUUCGGGAAGAAGGUCAUCAUUCCGGAAUAUACACCAGGGUGGGUCUACUUCUGGUUGCUCAUGGCUGCUGGAUUUGGACUGUUUGUUAGUGAAGAAGCUUUAAACGUUUGGGUCGGGAUCUCGUUAGCACGCACCCUUUGUCUGGAUGGAACUUGGCAAUCUCUUGUUAACUCGUUCUCGACGAAUGCAUCUUAUAUAAUUUCUACGGUGUUGUGGGUUUACUGGGGUGUUUGUAUCAGCGAUAUGGUACCAUUCUAUCUUGGUAAGCUUUUUAGACAAACAAGAGCAUCUGAAGACAUAUACAGCAAACUUGGAAUUAGCAAGGAUAAAGCCCUGACUGUAUCUCGUGCUAUACAAAAGUACGGGAACCUGAUUGGCUUUGUUGAACGGUUUUCAAUCGGCGUAAGGAAUCCGACAGGAUUUCUGGCAGGCGCAGUAGGCGUAUCAGCAGACUGUUAUUUCGCUGGAGUUUGUUGCGGCUGUCUGUUUACUCUUCCUAUCCAGUUAGCGAUUGGAUUUCUUCUCAGAGAACGCCCCGUUGUGGCGCUCGCGAGCGUUGCAGCUGCCGUGGGCAUCUGGACUGUGUUCCCUUACGCGGCAGCGGCGUGCACGGCUUUGUUCCUCUACCUCCGGCGACGCAGGCCCAGCAGCUGA